GCUUCCCCGGUUGUGGUGGACGCGAGUCAGGACCGGUUUGUGCGCAGAGAGAGAGAGAGAGAGAGAGAGAGAGAGAGAGAGAGAAAAUGUUUUAGGGCGUGUGUAUGAGUGUGUGUGAGUGUGUAUAAGUGUGUGUGAGUGUGUGCUUGGGUUUUAAAUGGGUAACGCGCAGAAGAAGAGCUCGGGGACGAGUUCCGGUGUGUUUAGUCCGGUUCACAGCAGAGCUCGAGACGGAGGAAACCCCGGAAACGCGGAGGGGAAGAAGGCGGCGCACGUGAACGGCGCUUAUACUGCGGAGGAAACCGGAAACACCGGGACACACGGAGUGAACCUCGAUGCCCCCGCCGGCGAUCUGCCCCCUCCGCUCGCGCGCCUCAAAAACGAGGGCAACAUGCUGUUUAAGACCGGACAGUUCGGGCUCGCGCUGCAGAAGUACACACAGGCCAUAGAGGGAUACACACAGGCCAAGGAGAAGUACACACUGUCUACUGAGGGACACACACUGUCUACUGAGGGACACACACUGUCUACUGAGGGACACACACUGUCAGGUAUUGACAGUCCUGAGGAUCUAUGCAUUUUGUACUCUAACAGAGCUGCUUGCUUUCUGAAAGAUGGGAACUGUACAGACUGCAUUCAAGACUGCACCAGUGCGCUGGAGCUCCGCCCCUUCUCCCUGAAGCCCCUCCUCCGUAGGGCGAUGGCCUACGAGUCUCUGGAGCGCUACAGGAACGCGUACGUGGAUUACAAAACCGUCCUGCAGAUCGACUCCAGCGUACAGGCGGCUCAUGACAGUGUACACAGGAUCACGAAGCAGCUGAUGGAGCAGGAUGGUCCUGAUUGGAGAGAGAAGCUUCCUGAGAUUCCCAACGUUCCCAUUUCAGCCCAGCAGCAUCGCAGGGAAGAACCGAGCGCUGAUGUUCUCCAUGCACGAGCGGUCCGAGCUGAAGAGGAGAAGGUCAGAAAAGCUGAGGCACGUUUCACUCUGCUGAAGGAGGAAGGCAACGAUCUGGUGAAGAGAGGCGAGUUUGAGAAAGCGAUGCAGAAAUACAGCGAGUGUAUCGCUCUCAAACCCACCGAGUGCUCCGUCUACACCAACAGAGCACUGUGUCUCCUGAAGCUGGAUCGUUUUGCGGAGGCGAGGCAGGACUGUGACUCUGCACUACAGAUAGAGUCGGACAAUAAGAAAGCGUUUUACAGACGAGCGCUCGCUCACAAAGGCCUGAAGGACUUCCUGUCAUCCAGUUCCGACCUGCAGGAGGUUCUGCGUUUGGACCCAAAUGUGCGUGAGGCUGAACAGGAGCUACAGGAGGUCACGGUUCUGUUGAGGGAGAGUCUGCUGGAGUCAAACACUCAGGACUGACCGCCGACCAGAAAGCAGAAGAAAGACCCAACAGCUGUCCUUGUCUUCCAGCAGAACUACAACAAUUUCAGCUCACACGUGUACACACACACACACACAUGCGCGCACACACACACGUUUCUUUUUCUUUCAGAAAGGAGAUGAUGAGUUAGAUGUGCUGCAGAUGGCCACGUGCUGAUAUUUAAACCCUAAUCCGUCUCUGCGCAUGACGCUUUAAACACCUCAACGCCGCUCUCGUCAUAAACACUCGCGUAAUCUCUUCGGUUUGUCAGAGCCACAAGACGCUGCUCUGAUCCCGAAGUCUGUUUCAGAUUAAAGCAGUAAAGACAAACGAAAUGUUUAACGUCCUAUUUAACCUUCUGUUUUUUCCCCCUCAUGUAAAAAUAAACUAAUGUAAAGUAAGAAAUACUAAAAGAAGCUGGAUGUAUUUUUAUUCGUUAUAAAAACACAGGAUGAAAAAAAUAAAUCAUGAAAUGUGUUUCAGAUAGAAUUCUAAACUAUAUUUUGUCUGUAAAAAUAUUUUUAAGAGGAAAAUCAGAUCCUUAAGUCAGAUCAAUUGAUCAUUAUUAACGAUAAUUUGGCUAAAUCUUGUAAAAUAGGUGAAAUGUUUUAUUUAAUAAAAUUAUAUUGUGCUCUUUAUUGUAUUUCACGUAUUUGCUGUAAAACAACAAUUUUCCCUGCAGCUUGUUCUUCGGUUUCACUGACUCAUAACUGAACUGAUUCAUUAUAGAAACACAUUUACUCUGAGACUCGCUGAUGCGUCUCUGAGACUCGCUGCUGCGGCUCUGAGACUCGCUGCUGCGGCCCUGAGACUCGCUGCUGCGGCUCUGAGACUCGCUGAUGCAGCGUUUCGCUGCUGCCUGAAAAGUUGUACACAUUUUAGUAAACAAACAAUAAUCCUCAUUUAAUGCCAUUAUGUUUUUUCUUUAACUUUGCAUCCUUACAGUUUACUAAUUCAAUGAAAAAAGAUAUGCAACAACAACAACCUGUCAUUAUGGUAUGGACUCGAGCGCAUGCUGAACGUUUAGUGUGUAAGAAAGAGUGGAAGUUAUUUAUGCUGUAAAUAUUGCAGAAGAAAAAUGAAUAAAACUUUCUCUAAAAUCCA